GUUGUUUUAUUUUAUUAUAACCAAAAUUUGAUCAUCCUUUGUUCAAAAAGAUUUUCAAAAAACUUUUUAAUUUUUAUUGUUCACCACUUCAAAGUGAAGUGCCCUAUGAAUUAGUUCCGUUGAAAAAUAUCGUAAUUAUUAUUUUUGUCAAUAGUUUAAAUUGCCCCGACAACACUCGACAAGUCAAAAGGAAUUCUGGAUGGUAUUAAUCAGCUGCUUGUUUACGCCGGCAUAAGACUGACGGCGUAUAGGAACGAAUUACCAAACUAACUCGUCGAUUUGCUCAUAAAAAAUGAUCGUGUCAUGCAAGUGUCUGAACAUUGAAGUUGAGACCAAAGACCAGCCGAUCAAAUUUGAUAAACACUUGUUGGGCGUUGAUUAUAAAUCAAAUUUUUUUUCAAAGGUAAAUCGAGUUUUACUGUUUUGGAUAUUGUAAACUCCUUAGUGAUUUUGAUCAUUGUUUUAGGAGUUACUAUCUUCUGAAGCGAUUGUUGUUACUAAACAUCAAGACUGUUUAAUUCGUGAAGAUAGAAUCUAUGGGUGGAUUACAUACGAAUGUCUUAAUUGUGAUAUGUUAUGCUAUGCCGAAUCUACUAAUAAAGAAGUGACAACAAUUUUGAUUAAUCCUGAAUUAUUGGUAAGAUUUAAUCCUUGAAUACAAUAAGUAAAUAUCAUGUUAUGUUAUUAUACUGAUACUUAAUUGGCACCUUCAAAUACUAAAGUUUUAAUAAGUUAAAUAAUAAAAAAAUAACAUAACUAUUUAUAUUUUUUUUAAAACAAAAUAUCAUACAUUUUAAAUAAUUAAGCAUCUUAGUAAUAGUUAAAGUUAAUAGUUUGUUGUACAUAAAAUUAAAUAGACAUACAAGUAUACCUGUACAAAAUAUAACAAUAAAAAAUAAUAAUUACUUUAUAAUAAUUUAAUCAAUAGUUAAAACUUUGGUAAUAUUUUACUAUAGACAUAAUUUGAGUUCCUAUAUUUAUAAUUUAAUAAUUAUUAUAUUCUUUUAAUAUAACUAGGUUAUGGGUUAUUUGUGUUAUAUACAGUAUUUAAAAAUUAUUCCCUCUGCCACUUGUAUAAUCGUUAUAAUAAAUUAACUACCUAUUUAUUUUAUAUUAGAUAAAUCAAAAUAUUUUGUAUUACAAUUGUAAGCUAUAAAUUUGAUUAAAACUGCAUAUAAAAACUUAAAGUAUAUAUUUCUAAGAGACAAGAGAAUAAAUUAAAAACUGAAAUGGUUUAAAAAAAAAAAAAAAAAACAGUUGAAAAUUAUAUUUUAGUGUUGGAAUGUUUUUGCAUUGCUGUGUAUUGUAUAUAAAACAAAAAUUUAAAAAAAAUCAAUGAUACAAGAUAUCUAAAUGUUGUCAACAAGGUAUGCAAUUUUAUUUUUACAUUAUUUAUUUGUGGAAUUUGUUUAAAUUUCUUAAACAAUUUAAAAUUGUUAUAGAUAUAAUCUUUCUUAGAAUGAAAAGUUUAAUCUAGGAAUAUAAUAAUUAUCAUUUUAUACAAUUUUAGUUGUUUACAUUUUAGUCAUUAACUAAAUAAUUAUAAAUAACACCAUUUAUAUUAUUAUUGUUUGCAGACUGAUCUAAAACAAAUAAAAAAAAUAAAAAAUUCAGAUUGUUUUUCACCGACUUAUGAAAUUUUCAUUAAUUGGACUGACGAUUCUAAAAAAAUAUAUUCUCCUCGAUCAUAUGGUAAGCAACAUUAAAAUAUAUUUAUUUCUGUGUUCAGAAACAGUAAAAUAUUUGAUUUUUUUUGCAAACUGAAUUAUGUUGUUUAAGUAAUAGGUAGGUAUAUUUUUUUUUAUACACAUAAUAAAUUUAAUUAUUAAUACAAGAUUACUCUGUUAUAUUCUAACUACAUUUAAAAAGCUGUUACUGGUGACUUCUCCCAUGCAAAAUUGUAUAAUACUUUUUGUACAGGAUACAUGAAAGUUAAAUUGGUUAUUAAGAUUAAUAAACUGUGUCACAGUCAAAUAUAAUAUAAAUUUCCCAUAAUAUGAAAGUUCUAUGGUUUCUUAAAGUUAUCUAUCUGACAAAUACCAGUUUUACAAUUAUAUACAAAAAUUAAAAUUAUCCUCUGUUUACUUAUAUAACUAUAUUAUUCCAAUUCAUCAUAACUAUUUUCUAUACUUCUUUUUCAUUCCUCGAGGAUUAAAAUUAUAAAAUAAAACAAAUGCAAGUUAAAGUUUUUAUUUGGAAGAUUUACAUUAGGUGUCAGGUGUCAAUGAGAUGAAAUAGUCAAUUUGGGGCCCACCCCUGUUGAUUUAUCCGUGUGAAAAAAUGUUUCUACUCAGAACUGUAAGAUGUAUUACUAAGUUUUCUCGAAUUACGAUAUAUCCAUUUUUUAAUGUUCCAGGAAAAUAAAAUUACAGUUUUGAUCAUAUGCGAUUGGAAAUAAAACUUAUUUAAAAUCAAAUAAACUUGACUUAAAAAACUAAAAAAUUAUAAUAAUAAUAAUAAUAUAAAUAACUUAUUGAAUGUAAUAAAAAGUACACUUUUCCAACUAUUAAAUAGGAAUAUAGGAAGUUAAUUUAUGAAAUUAUAAAUAUAACAUUUUUUUAUUAAGUAAAAGGUUGGUUGUUUUCUGUUUUUUGGGGGACAUAGGAUAUUUCUUAGAUAUACAUUUUUAAAUUAAAUAAAUAUUCAACAACUAUCAAUGUUAACAAAGUUGAUUUAUCAACAGUUCCAAACAAUUGUAUUUACAAAGUCAAAAUUUAAAUAGAACAAUUUUUCUUUGGAGUAAUUACUGUGAAAACUAUUAGGUUUUAUAUUCUAAUAAAAUAAAUAAAUUAUAAUUCCAGUAUUACAAUAUCAACUAUCAAAUAAUAAUGUAAGGCAUUGAAUUAUUCUUAUUAAAAAAAAAGUAAGACCAUCAUAAUUUAUUAAACCGCUUAAAAUAUCCUUUGCAUACAUUUUUAGGUUGUACAACACAUUUUUUAUUGCUUUUAUUCAAUCACUGAAAUCCCUUUAAUUUUUUUUGUCGUUAAAUUUCUGGAAAAGUAGCUAAUUUCUAUCUUCAAGUAAAGGCAUAUUCCAGCUAAAUGUUUUUAAGAUAAGUUUACCUUUGAUAAAAUUACAAAUACACACAUUUUUCUAUUUAUAAUAUUUCAGUUGAUUAAUUUAUAAUUAUAAUUUAUUUGAUGCUGGACAAUUUAAAAAUGAAAGGAGAAAAUCAAAUUUUAUUUACUUAGUAGUUACUAUGAACUUGUACAUGUCUACAAUAACAUGUACACUUGUCAUGUAGAUUUGAGUUUUUGUUAAUUUUUUCACACCCAAAAUGUUUAGAUUCACACUAUAUUAACAACUAAUCAAUAUUAUAAUUUCAAUUUUAUGGUUUUAAAAUGCUAAAAAAUAUAAUGUAUUCUGAUAAAUAAGUGCCAUAUUUAUUAAAUAUUAAAUCAUUUAAUUCUGUCAAAAACCAAUUUUUAUUCAAAGAAUUGUAUUUCAUUGUUACCAAAUAAUUGCACUAUCUAAUUUUGUAAAUCUAAUCUUUUUUAAAAUAGCUCUUUUACCACCAAAAAUCAAAGCACUGCAACGACAGAUGAGUGAUAAAGUUGAAAAAGAAACAAAACUUGUAGAAGAGAAAAUUAGAAAAUUCACUGAGAAUCAGCUCUCUGCUUUGGAUGAAUUUAGAACUAAAGCUCUAAAUGAUUAUCAUGCUUUAGCUAGGUAAAAUAGCUUAAAUUGUUUUUGUUGUUACGUAUUUAUUUAAUGUUUAAUCAUUUAGGAUAAUAUCUGAAAAGGAUAAAUCGCCAAAUUUUGAAAAUUUACCUGCACGAACAAGUUCUAACAAAAUUUCAUCUCCUACACAAAUUCUACCAAAACCAAUUAUUACUACUCUAAAAAAUAAUCCAACAAUGAAUUUAAUGGAUUUCACAUUUAAACCUACUUAUACUCAGGUAAUACAUUUUUAAAUGGUUUCUUGCUUAUAUUAUAUUAGUUUAUGUAUCUGCUAUACUUAAUUUCAUUCAUAAAAUGUUUUUUUUAUUCAGUAUUGAUAAUGUAUAACCAACAAUUUAUUUAGGGCAAUCAAAAAAGUGUUUCAUCCAAAUCCAGUCUCACUAAAAUACCUACAGUUGGAGGAAGCAAUGAUAGUUGUUUACCUCCAGCAUCAUAUGACGCAGAAGGAUUAUUUCCUCUUGAAGACAUGGAUAACUUACAAAUUGGUUGUAGUGCUUCUGAUGAUGAGGAUAUUUCUGAAUCUGAGGGUAUAGUUAAUUUUAACUUAAUUUUUAUGCUAGAAUUGUUUAUAAGUAACAUGUUUAUAUAGGAGAAUCUGGUAGUCACGAUGAAGGCAUUUACAUUCCGCACCACAAACGAUUAGAAAUGGCUACUUCUUUACCAAUUAAUGUACCUAAAUUUAUGAUCAAUAGUGGUAGUGUACCAAGUGAUGUUAACCCACGAAUUCCAGUAAUUAAAUAUUAUAAAAUAAAUAAAAUUUCAAAGUUAAUAUGUGUUUUUUAUUUAGGUAGGACGAGAAUCUGAAAAUAAAACUGAUAUUGCUGCCAGCAUAAGAGCAUUAGCAAAAAGUGUUCACGGUGAUAGAAUUUUUGGAGAAUUACCUAGGCCACGUUUGGGAUCUCAAAUUUGAAAAACAAUUGAAUACAUUAUUGUUCUGUUAAAUUAUAUUUAUAUAAAGUAAUAUAAUGUAGCAUCUGAAGCAUAUUAUAAAAAAAAUUGCUAUUUAAGGAUCCUAUAAAAAAAAGAACGGGUGAUAAUUAAUGCGUUCACUUUACAAAAGUAAAUUUAAUUAUUUUUAAUUUGCUUACAAAUUAUUUGAAAUAUUUUUACUAUUUAAGUGUGAUAAAUCUAAAAGUACAAGAUUUAUAAGAA